UUGCAUCCAUAGGCAAACGAGUAAUAUAGGAAGGAAGUAGAGGAAACCCAGCAAAAGUCAACGAGUCUUCUUCUCCAACAAGAAAAGACCCUUAUUCACAUACGCACAAAUAGAGGAGCCUGUAGCUUUCCUCGUGAUCUUCUACCCGCCUCUUCCUUACGGGUAACACCCUUCCUUCCUUUUUGGGUUUCUUUGAAUCUUGGGUCCUUUGAAUUAUUUUUCGUUUCGGUUCUCUGUCCCAUAAUCUUUGAUAAAGGGGAAGAGGGAAGAAAAAUGCUUCCCCAGCAAUUGAUUGGUAUCCGAUCUUAAUGGGAAAUCACUGUGUUCUGGAUCUCGUUGGUUGAUCUGUAAUGUAGCAGUAAGCAGCUGUAAUUAUUUAAUUAGCCGUCGGUGAAGAGGUCAAGUUUCAGUUCAGAAGGUGAGGUAUUGAAUUCUAGUAGCACUCAACUUUUAUUUGCCUUUCCAUUUCGUUAACAUAUGUAUUCGGCAGCUUCGAUUUGGCCUACCUUGGUCUUGCCUUGGCUCAACACCCCUCAUUUCCUGCUCUGUCCUCUGAGAGAGCCAGAGACAUGGAGGUUGAACAUUUUAGCCACCCAGAUCAUCCAUUGAUCCUCAUUAAUCACGUUCUCGAGUAUAGUUGUGAAUUAGUUAUUUGCUCUGGAUGCGAGGGACCUAUACGGGGUCCUUGCUACAGUUGCACCUCUUGCUACUUCUUUCUUCAUAAGAAAUGCGCCGAGCUGCCCCGUGAGAUCAAGCGGCGCAUUCAUCGUAGACACCCUCUCCAUCUACUGGCAAAGUCACCAUAUGAAGGAGAAUACGGAUGUGAUCGGUGCGCCAAAAUUUUCAAUAGUUUUGUUUACCAUUGUUCUUUCUGUAAGUUUGAUCUUGAUAUCAAAUGUGCUUUUCAACCGGGUUUUUUUGAGGUUGAUAGUCAAUUUCCCCACAAGGAUCAUCCAUUGAUUUUGAAUGAAGAGAAAGAAUAUCAUGGUGAAGGAGUUAAGUGCUCUGUUUGCAAGGAACCAAUGUCGGGUCCUAGCUAUAGUUGCACUUCUUGCAACUUCUUUCUUCACAAGAAGUGUGCUGAGCUGCCCCCCGAGAUCAAUCGGCAUUUGCAUCCAGAACACCCUCUUCGUCUACUGCCAAAUCAUCACAUGAUCUGUGGUUUUUGCAAAGAAACUUGCUAUGAGAGUUUUGUUUACUGCUGUUUUGUGUGCGAAUUCAACCUCCAUAUCAAAUGUGCUUUUCCACCUUGCGUUUAUGCAGCUGAUCAGGAUCAGGGGCAUCAAUUUAGAAGCCUGAUGAAUCCACUUUCAUUCAAAUCAAUCUCCUUCACUUGCCAUGCAUGUGGCACUGAGGGAGAUGACUCCCCUUUCAUGUGCACCAUGUGCCAACUCUUGGUCCACGAAGAAUGCAUUUCAUUGCCAGGCACCCUUAAAACGGCACUGCACCAUCAUCCCCGAAUCAUCCACACGUAUCAACAUCAACAAUGCAUCGAAUCGAUAAACAAGUACUGUGGAAUUUGUCGUCGGGAAGUUGACUCAAAAUACGGAGUUUACUGUUGCCCAGACUGUGACUUCGUUGCACACGUGAAUUGUAGUAGAGAAUAUGGCGAUUCUGCAACAGAGAUUGUAGAAGAAAACGAAGAAGAGCAAAGUGUGACUGUUGAUGAUCAAUUCAUGGAACCUAGCUUUCGCGCUGUCCGUGAGAUCAGGCAUGGAGAUGAGAGAAUAAUUGAAGAGAUCAAACAUUUGAGUCAUCAACAUAACCUAAUCCUUAUUGACAAGGUUGAUGAUGAUCUAAAGUGUGAUGGGUGCAUGUUACCAAUCUCCACUCCAUUUUAUAGUUGUGCCAGUUGUAAUUUCUUUCUUGACAAAACCUGCAUAGAAUUACCCAGGCGAAAAAAAUGGCAAUAUCACGAAAACCAACUGAUUCUUUCAUGGAGCCGAGGGCCACAUGAUCUGUUCUACUGUGAUGUGUGUAAGCAAUAUUUUCGUGGGCUCAGGUACAAAUGUGAUGUAUGUGCACUCUGGAUUGAUGUCCGAUGCUAAUCAUUGGAAGAUUCC